AGUCAACAUAAAAGAUAACAUCAAUCAAAUCAAUGUGUUCAUGAGGGUCAGUGGGGAAAGUAAACAGUAAAAAGUAAAACGUAAAAAGUAAAGUUAGAAAAGAUAAAAACUCUAAAAGUUAGAAAAGAUCACAUAACAACUCAAAUAGGUCAAACUUUACUGCGCGUGCCCGCGUACGUGCAGUCCGCACGUACAGAAAUGUCCGGCGUGUGCACGAGCCUGGUCCCGCUCCACCGCGCUCAGGAGGGGGAGGGGGGGGGGGAGGGUAAUGACGUCAGCGGAGCUGGCAGGAAGCCAGGAGGCGGUCCUCCUGACGUCAGUGCGUCUCAUUCACGAGCACCAGCCGUAUAUAAGCGCUGCUCAGGCCACCGAACUUUAAAUAAGAAGAACCAGAGGACCGGACACCAGAGAACCGGAUCACAGAGAACCGGAUCACAGAGAACCGGAUACCAGAGAACCGGAUCACAGAGAGCUGGAUCACAGAGAACCGGAUACCAGAGGACCGGACACCAGAGAACCGGAUCACAGAGAGCUGGAUCCAGAGGACCGGCGGAGAGUCCAGACGGUUUAUCCACUCACCGGAACACAGGACUCUCUCUCUCUCGCACGGACCCGCUGUAUGCAUCUGGACCUGUGGUAUCUGAGCCGCCGCCCCGCCAUGGUGCUCCUGGAGGCCCCCCCCAUGGCCCGCGCGGCCCUGCGGGGCCAGCUGGGCUGCGCGCCGGGCUGCCUGCUGCUGGACUGCCGCUCCUUCCUGGCCUUCAACGCGGCGCACAUCUCCGGCUCCACCAACGUGCGCUUCAGCUCCAUCGUGCGGCGCAGGGCGCGCGGCGGGCUGGGCCUGGAGCACAUCGUGCCCAACGAGGACACCCGGGCCCGGCUGCGGGCCGGACAGUACCCGUCCGUGGUGCUGCUGGACGAGCGCAGUCUGGACCUCAGCCAGGCCAAGAAGGACGGGACCCUGCAGCUGGCGGUGGCGGCGCUGUGCCGGGAGCCCUGCGGAGCCCGGGUCUUCAUCCUCCAGGGCGGCUUUGAGGCGUUCUCCAGCGAGUUCCCCGAGACCUGCACCGCCCCCCCAGCAGGGCUCAGUCUGAGCUCCGGCCCCCCUGGGAGUGCAGACCCCCGCUGUAGUCCAUGCAGCGCCCCGUUGUAUGACCAGGGGGGUCCGGUGGAGAUCUUGCCGUUCCUUUACCUGGGCAGUGCGUUCCACGCCUCCAGGAAGGACAUGCUGGACCUGCUGGGCAUCACGGCGCUGAUCAACGUGUCGGCCCACUGCCCCAACCACUUCGAGGACUCCUUCCUGUACAAGAGCAUCCCGGUGGAGGACGACCACAAGGCCGACAUCAGCUGCUGGUUCAACGAGGCCAUCGAGUUCAUCGACUCCGUGAGGAACGGCGCCGGCCGGGUGUUGGUGCACUGCCAGGCCGGCAUCUCGCGCUCCGCCACCAUCUGCCUGGCCUACCUCAUGCGGACCAACCGCGUGAAGCUGGACGAGGCCUUUGAGUUUGUGAAGCAGCGCCGCAGCAUCAUCUCCCCCAACUUCAGCUUCAUGGGGCAGCUGCUGCGCUUCGAGUCGCAGCUCCUGGCCGCGGCCAGCUGCUCCUCGCAGGCCGGAGGCUCCGCCUUCCACUUCCCCGCCUCCAUCCCGGCCCACUCCUCCGCCGCCGGCCAGCUCUCGUUCCUCCACAGCCCCAUCACCACCUCCCCCAGCUGCUGAGGACCAGACUGACUCACAAGGGGCUCCACCGAGACCCCCGCCCAACGCGGGCCUGGCUGUCAUCCAGUUCAUUGUGAUACUGGACAGAAUGGGGCUGGGGUCAGUUCAUCUGACCCUGCUGGCCUACCUCUGUAGGUUGUGCCCCAUCAGGUCUACAGGAGACCACCAGACCUCAAUGUGAAGCCAACAGGAAGUCGUUGUUCCUCCAGAGGAAGUGAAACGAUCUGAAUAUUCUUUAUUCAAUAGAACGAGUGAAUAGUUUUCAUUUGUAAAGCUUUUGAUAAUCAACGGAGGAGGAGGAGGGCUAGAGGAGGUGUAGCUCCUCCUCUCAGGACUCCGUGUCCCCCUAACUACCUCGUGUCCCGCAGCAGAACCAAACCUGCUGACGUGUAUUUAUUAAAGUAAUAUAUAUUUCUCUAUCAUCUGUUUGUUGGAUUUAUGUUUUUAUACGUUUAAUAAAUCUCAUCUGACUUUGUG